GCGGGCGCUCGUGUGCGUGUGAACGUGUGUGUGUGUGGACGCGUAUAGUCGAGCAUGUCGUCGGCACGGCAGCGCCGCGGCUCCAGCGCCAAACUUUGAGAACGGAGGAGCAGCGCGACGACCCUGGAGAAGACGCCAGCCGGCGCUGAGCCAUGGGAGGCCAGAUAACCCGUAACGCCUUGUACGACUCUCUCGGCGGACCUUUCCCCUCCUCCACUCACCGAUGCCACCACAAGCCGAAGCGCUGCUUACCCCUGCAGCCCUGCAUGGGCCUCCCCGUCAGUCCUCUGCUUUUCCACCCCAGCGCCAAGGGUUCACAGAUCGUCAUGGAUCUGGCCCAGAGGACUGUGAAGAGGCAGGCCAGCUUCUGCAAUGCCAUCACCUUCAGCAACAGACCAAUAGCCCUCUACGAGCAGGUCCGCCUCAAGAUCACAAAGAAGCAGUGCUGCUGGAGUGGGGCUCUGCGCCUGGGCUUUACUUCCAAAGACCCAUCGCGCAUCAACCCCGACAGUCUGCCUAAAUACGCCUGCCCAGACCUGGUCUCACAGAGUGGCUUCUGGGCCAAGGCACUGCCGGAGGAGUUCGCCAACGAGGGCAACCUUGUGGCCUUUUGGGUGGACAAGAAGGGCCGCGUCUUCUACCGUAUCAAUGACUCCAGCCCAAUGCUGUUCUUCAGUGGCGUUCGCACCAUCGAGCCUCUCUGGGCCCUCAUUGAUGUCUAUGGCCUGACCAGAGGAGUGCAGCUACUGGACAGUGAAAUCGUCCCUCCAGACUGUCUCCGUCCCCGCUCCUUCACCACAGUCAGAGGCUCCUCCUCGCUGCGCCGUGAGGCCGACGCUUCCCGCCUGUCGGUCAGCCUGUGCGACCUGAACCUACAGCAGGACGAGGCCAGGCUCCGCCUCCCUCCAGCCCCAGCCGCCUGCCCCAUCCCCCAGAAUUCCCUGAACUCCCAGCAGUCCUCCUUCCUCCCCCCGAUUCUGGAGAGUGACCUGCGCUUCCACCAGCUCCGUGGCGCCCACAUCAAGACACUGGACGAGCAGACAGUGGCCCGGUCCGAGCACGCUGGCCUGCGUGAAGAGCGCACCCUGGUGUUCACCGAGCGUCCGCUGCGGUCCGGUGAAACCAUCUUCAUCAAAGUGACCAAGUCCAGUCCAGCCCGCUCUGGCUCCCUCUCCUAUGGUGUCACAUCCUGUGAUCCGUCCGCAUUGCGCCCCAGCGACCUACCUUACAACCCAGAGGCACUGGUGGACCGUAAAGAGUUCUGGGCCGUCUGCAGAGUGCCCGCUGUGCUGCAGAGCGGAGAUAUACUGGGCUUUCUGGUCACACAGGAUGGCGAGGUGAUCCUGAGCCAUAAUGGAGCAAGCGCUGGGAUGCAGGUGUGCGUCGAUAACUCACGCCCGCUCUGGAUGUUCUUCGGACUGCAUGGUGCCGUCACGCAGCUGAGGAUUCUGGGCUCCACCCACUUGGGUGAUCCUCGCGGCCUCUCUAGCCCUGGCUCACCUUCAUCCUCACCCCACUCACCCGGAGGAGGCCUUUGCAGUGGCAGCUCAGAGCCCACACUGAACGGAGGCUGCUCUGGGGCUUUCUGCAGCUCAGUUGGAGGAACAACCCCGAGUUCACCCAUCAACCUCCCCAAAUCCCCCACCUUCCCCUCAUCCUCCAGCUCCUGGCCAGACGAGUGCUCCAUCUGCUACGAGAACGCGGUGGACACGGUCAUCUACGCCUGCGGUCACAUGUGUCUCUGCUACACCUGCGGCCUGCGCCUCAAAAAGAUGGCCAACGCCUGCUGCCCGAUCUGUAGGAGGGCCAUUAAAGACAUUAUAAAGACCUACCGGAGCACAUAGGAGAUGGAGCCCACUAAUACACAGAGUCCCUUAAGGGCCAUAACACAAAAAGAGACCCUCGCACGUGGGGAAGGAAGCGUCGCUCUUCAGAGACUUCCUCUCUGAUACUUCAUGGGUUUUCCGUUCCCAUGGCGAUGACUUUUGAACCUUGAACCUCGAAGGCUCAGGCAUCCAUCUGCAAAAAGGUCUCUGGUGUUUCGAGCCCGAGCCUUUGUUGCUACGGUAACCGAUCGUGUCGCUACUCAGGAUAGGAGGCUGAGAUUCUGACUAAAGCUUUCCACACAUAAGGAAAAGGGAAGCAGAAAUCAUGUAAAUAAUCUCACACAAUUCAGGAAGCUUCAGACAAUGCUCAGGAGACGUCCAACUCGAAGGUCUCCUUCUUUGUUUCCCCCCUAUUUGAGCCAUAUGAGACUCCGCGAGUCUCGUCCACUUGCCUAGGCGCAAAAUUCUCUUUAGCUGGAAGCCGUAUUUAACAUAGAUGACAGAUUUGGAGGUCAGUGUGAUUCUCUUCAAUCUGUUGUCGGUCCUCAAAACUUAAGAUGCUUUCUGUUGAAGGACAUGUUUCAGGGUCACAAUUUUUGUCUGUGUACAGCUGAGACUGAGUAAAAAGAUAAAGAUGCGUAUGUAGAGUAUGUCCCAACCUCCUGAGAGCCUCAUGUUAGAACUAGUGCUUAAGCUACUUCUCCGGAUAGCUUGCUGUUGCUACAUGCUCUGAAGUCAGUAUUGCCCUAUUGAGUUUAACUGGUGCAAGGACCUUCAAGGACUGAUGACGGUGCAAUGUUGUGUUAAGCAAUGUAAUCUGAAGCCUCAGUUGUCACGUGUGGAGUCAGCGUUGUGCUAAUGCUGGAAAUCUGUAAUGCUAAGUUGAACAGAAUCUGGAAAGCAAUGUGUAAUUUGACACAGUGUCUAAAAGCCCCCCAAGCAGCUGAAUAGUCGAUCAGAAAUGCAAGGUUUAAUUAAACAGAUCCAUAUGCAAGGAAAUGGAACACAAAUGGUCCCCUUCGGAGAGAAAAACAGCAUAAUGGAUCUUUCAGAUGUAAUCUGACGUUAGCCCAGGUCAGAACACUGUAAUCAAAGCUGCAUUCACUGCAAACUCUGUCAGUUUUGCCAUUCAAGUGCUCAAAACAGCUUCUUGAAGUGCACCGCACAUGCGAUUGCCAUGGAGACCAGAAUCUUGGGCGAAAGAACACAGCCUUGAGGCCUUAAACAAUGAAAGGAUCAUUUGUUUUGCCGAGUUAAUCCAUAUUUCUCCGAGUACCCUCCUUAUUCAAGGCCAAAUGUGGCGUGUUGCAGGAUAAUAGCUACUCAAGGGCAGCGGGGAAACGUAAAGCUUAAGAAAUUUGACUUGCUGUGAGGAGGGAAAGUUAUUAACACUGGCUUAUUUUCCUGCUAUCGGAAAAAUACAGGGAAGGGUCACAAAUAUUGAAAGAGUCAGUUAUACUAAUCUGACGUUUGCUGGGUCUUUAAAUAGGAGCUGACUGCGGUCUCCCGCCGAAGGCCAAAAAUGGAUUUCAGCAAGUCAUUUUGCCUUAAAAACACAGAAAUUGAGUGGUUUUAGCCAUAAACAGUCCAGGAUGGACUGAUGAUGUCAUGAGGAUACAGCCUCUGUUGCUAGUAAAUGUAGUUUUAUAUUCGUCCAUCAUGAGUUCCUCAAUUAAAGGGUGCAUUCAGCAUCCAUUUGAAUAUUAUUAAAAGAGUGUAUGGUGUCCAUUACAACGCUAAACCAAUUACAUUUACUCUGAAAGCCUAUUAGACUCUCAUUCCUCCACCACUGAAGUUCAGCUUAUCUGUGACAGCUGCAAAAUUAGCGGCUCAUAAUGAGUGCUUUUCAGCUUUAGUGUUUGGGCAGUUAUAAUUAGUGGUGGGCGACAUAUCGUCUAUGUAGUUUCACACAACAAUAUUGAUUUUUCUAGUUUUAGUGACGUGAUAGACAAAGCAUUAUAGCCAUGCUAACAUUCUAUUCAAUACAUUUUACGAUGGUAGAAAUUCACUUUAUAAGAUUCUCUUUGAUAGUUUUAAUAGAAGAAAACAAAACAAAAAAAAGUCAAAACAAGGUACAUCAGGUUUAUAAAGGGCGACACCUUUUCAAAUGUCUCGUACUUUAAAAACACGAUUUUGAUUUAGAAGCAGGUAAAUACAAGACAGAGAUUUAAGGUAACAUGAAAGACACAGACACCAUUGAUAAACAUGUUAACACUGACAUGUAUAAUAAUAUAUAUAGUCCAAAACUCUUUUUCAUCUUGUUCAGGUUGUGAUAAUCUCAGUAUCAAGUGUUGUACAGCUCCAAGUGUUCGGAAACAGUCAAAAUGAUCUUUAAUUAUGACCGGAGAGACGACAUCCUCGGUAUUGACCGGUCAGCUCUGGAUGUCACAUGGCACUUUUUUAGGGCAGUUUUUUUAAUGUAAACACAUGGUUUAAAAGGCCGAAUUUCAGUCACGGUGCAUGUUUGUCCAUAGACAACAAUGCAAAGAAGCACAUUUACUCAUUCGCAUCACCUGAACUCCCCCUAAGAUAUUUCUGCACAUAGAGUAAGCAUUUGGAAAAUAUCAUGUUUUUGAAUUUUAUCCAUACCCCCAGCACUAGUUUAUCGUAUUGAACUAUGAAAGAUUGCAGUACUUUAGCUGCAUAUCAAGGACACAGUCACUGAGCAGCCAGCAAGCUUGUGUGAAUCAGUUGUGACAACUGGGGCUCAAAUCUAUGCUGCUAAAGCAUUAGCCAGCUUUUUCCAGGCAAUGCUAAAAAUGACGUGCGUUGUACAUCGUCACUCUCGUACACUUUAUCGCUGCUGUCGCAAGAAAACCUGCAAGUUUUUUCUUUUUUUUGUAUAUAAAUUUGAAAGCUGGAUGUCCUUUUUAUGUAUUCUAGGCUUUAGUGAAAAUUCAGCUCACGUUUCUUUUGUGAUAAUUAGGUCGAAACGGCGGAAAGCCCCGUCAUUCUUCUCCUCUAAUGAAAACAUGUCGUGUUCAUGACAGCAACGCUAUAUUUUUAAGCUGUACGCUGUCGCUUUGAAGUGGUUAUUCACUUUUGAAUGUUAAUUUAUGUUAAUUGGUAAUAACCUGAACUUCUAGAAGAGCAGUAUCCAAGGUGUUUCUUUAAUGUUUCGCUACGGUUUGGUUGAUAAUCAUGAUUGUCUUUGUUCUGUGCUCCUCUCUGGGUUACACUGCAGUGUAGUUCUUGAAAAACAAAAGAGGAAGGCUAUCUUGUACCCGUGAGCUAUACUGUGCAGUGUAUCUAAGUGGGGCUUUGCAGUAAACAAUCACUAAUGCAUUUCUUCUGGGUACAAGACAAGCACAGACAUAUGAUCAUGUACAAUCCCUUUAGUUUCAGGUUGCUUUUGUAAUUUCCUCCUCAGUGCCCUGCCCUGUUUUAACAAUCCUUUUAGAGCUUGUGGGUGACUUUUUUGAGAUCUGAUUAUCUUAAAUAUUAGCAGUGCAGUCAUUUCUACAAACGUAACGCUUUAAGCAAUAGACGUGUGGAAUUCUCGGCAAGAAAUUGGAGGAGUUCUGUAAGAAAAGUCAUGGAAAGGGAAAAACCAGGUCACAUAUAAGUUAAAAACUGAUUGCUCGUUUUUACAAAUAUUUGAUGGAACUCACUUUUUUUAUUUCCCCCUCUCGUCUGAUAGGUCUUGUGCACAGCUUGUGGUGUUUACAGGCCCCUUUGUAUAUUUAAGUCACUUUAUGAAGUCUUUGAUUGUACAUUUCUAAAACCCCUUAUUCCAGGGAUUAGAGAUACAUCUUUUUGUUGAUGUUCUGACCAAAUUAUUAAUCCAAUAUGGACGAAGCUGAUAAUCCUGUCCCAAAAUGAAAUAAUUUAUGAUAGAUGUAACAAACUAGCUGUGAAAUAGUAUUAUUUAUUUUGAGCUGGUCCCCUUUGCCCUGUAUAAUAUUGAAUUUUACAUUUGUCUAAAGCAGAGCUAUCUAGUAUAGUCUAGUUUUUCAUACAUACAGUAAAUACAUAGGGAUGGUUUAAUGAGAAGGUUUUUUGCUCUAUUUAGUUGUACUGAGGGCUACAUAAGGACAUGCAGUCCCACACUACAGCUGGCUACAGCUGGAUUGUCGUCGACCCUGUAAUGUACUUUAUUUAUGUAGUGUAUGAUGUGUUGACUGUUUAGAAUAUAUGGUACAGAUAAUCACCUUUUAGUGUUCCUUUUAUAGGACGUUUUUGAUCGAAUUGUUGUUAUUAGGCAGCCAUAUUAGCUGUUUUUACCAUUGCAAUGCAACAUGGUCAUUUUUUUUGGAGUGCACAUUGGUAAUUUAUUCAAGGAUCUAUAGAUAUACUGUCAAUAAUGAAAUUUAAAACCACUUCGUCAGUUAUUUUAAGCACUAAAAGCUUUAUUUGUCCAUUUCACCACGUAAGUGUUCACUCACUACCCAUUGGUGAACAAUGGGACCAAACAGAUGAAUCACAUGGUUAUGAUUACCAAUGCAGAGGCAAAUGAAUCAAUCAGUCCAUCAACGAUUCACCCAUUAGAGCAAUUGCGGUUGGUGUGGAAAAGCAUUUUUCCAUCGUGGAAAUGUCCAGCGUGUUUAUUUUGAAGCUAGUUUCGCAGUCAGUGACUGGUUUGUAAGCAUUGUUUAGUGUGAGUCAUAAAAUGAUUGUGUCAAUAAACUUUCCAAAUGUGUUUCAGAUACA